AUGGCUUCACCCUCUUAGCUUAACAAUAAUCACGAUCACAAUCACAAUCACGAUCAUUCUGAUCAAGACGUUUAGCCAUAACAAAAGGCUUAGCCAUAAAGCAUGCAAGAAUAGAUCUAAUAGAAACAUAAGGAAAUAGAUAAUAUCAUAAAAUCAAACUAAGUUGUGUUAUUCAUGAAGGGAACUCCAGCCCAACCAAGGUGUGGAUUUUCGUAUUAUGCUGUUUAGAUUCUUGAAUUUUACUAAGUCUAAAAUUAUCAUUCUGUUGAUGUCCUUCCUGACGAUUUGAUGAGAUAAGAAAUCAAGAUAUAUUCAAAUUGGUCAACAUUCCCAUAAUUGUAUGUUAAAUAAGAGUUACUUGGUGGAACCGAAAACAUAAUGAAAAUGCACAAAGACGGCAGAUUAAAAGAAUUAUUUAAUACAAUAUGA